AUGGCCCGAUCCCGCUCCGCCACCGGCGCCCUCAUCACCGCAUUGGGCCUUGCUUGCGUGGCCUGCCAACUUGGUGGAGCUUUCGUUGGCUCCUCGCCCCAGCUGCGAGGUGGAUCCUCCGUGACGCGUCGCGUCGGUGUCGACUACCUCCUGCGCAACGGCCCCAAGGAUGCUGACCCUCCCCUGAUGGACGUGACCUCGGCCUCGGGUGCCACGCACGAGAUUGAGUUCAAGAAGAAGCCCUUUGGAAUCCUCCGCUACGCACCUGGCGCCAACGGCAAUGGUGCAGUGGUCCGUGAGGUGAAGCAGGAGUCGCGUUACCCCGGCGACCCGCAGGGGCAGGCCUUUGUUGCAGGCGUCCAGCCAGGCUGGGUAGUGGCUUCCGUGAAUGGCCAGGAUGCGAAGAACAUCAAGUUCGAGGACCUCAUGGAGUUCAUGGAUGACGAGGUGCUGGAUCCUGUGGCAGCGCUGUCGCUGAACUUGAAGGAGAAUGGCGUCUCCUCUGAGGGCAAGGGCAUUGGCGAGAGCACCUUCACCUUCGGCGGCGGCAACUUGGCCCCUCUGCCAAUCAAGGUGGUCUACCAGGAGCAACGAUGA